GGGGCUGGCGGGCGCUGCCAGCCCAACACAUUCCAGUUGCCCAGUUUGGCCAGCAGCAGCGUGCAGCAUUCCAGUACGAGCUUUCCUGUUCUCCCAAAUUCACGUCAACGAGAGCCGAUGAUUAAAGCCAAGCUUUUUAGUGAAAGAAUUUUUUUUUUUUCCUGAUGUUUUAAUGAAUUUCUGUGACUGUGUCAAACAAUUCCACGAGAAUAAGUGCUACUUUUACAGUCUCUAUUUUUUUUUUCCCCCCACAGAUGUUAUGAAUUCUUGACAAGAAACCCAAUUCUGACUCUUUCAAUGUCGUGCCCAAAUAUCUUUUCUAGACGUAGGGACCAAUGCCACAUUGUUCGUAUCCAUAUAUAUUUUUUUUUUUAAGUUGCCAAAAAAAAAGAAAAAGAAAAAGAAAAAAAAAAGUUGCUUUUUAAUUUUAUUUUAUUUGCCACUUUGCAGUAUUUGUGUUUUACAUCUAAAGGGACAGCACUGUGUGUGUGUGCGCGUGCGUGUCUGGGGGUGUUUAUACUGUUUAAAGAUCGGAACUUGAAGCUAUUUUGUAUCAAUCUUCAAUGUUGAACAAUCAGAUGGGUUUCUGAGCCCCUCGGAGGUGACUUUCCUGCCUUCCUAAUGCCUUCUGAUCAUGGUUGAAAAAUAUAUCUAUCGUUGUGAACGAAGCGAGCCGUGCCACAAUGCCUCCUCUCCUUUGUACGCCCCGCAGGACUUCUGAACCAGCAUCGUGCUGCCCUUGGAAAAGAGUUUGGGACCUUCCCAGCUGUGUCCAAACGGACGUGUGCUCAUUGCCAGGCUUUGUUUUAAGGCAGAAGUGACCUCCGUGCAGGCAGUGUUGGUGGGGCGCAAAGCUCGAGGCGUGCGGUGGCAGCAGCCUGCAGGCCACGCGUGCAGCCAGCUCCUGUGCCUGUAAAUGUGUGCAUGCACCUUGUUUGCUUUCAGAAGCCUUUAAGAGCUGUGACUUUGCAAUUCUCUGUCCCCAGACUGUAGUGCUGAUGAUAGAAAUUUGGACUCUGCUUCCCAAGCGAUGUUAGGAGCAGCCAGGCGACUUUUUCACGAUGGGUCUCCAGAAACAAAACUCCUCUGACUAUUGUUGAUGUCCCCCCCCCCCCCCCUUAUCAUCCCCGCCUUAAAACUUGGCAGGAAAUGGUUUGUCCCUGGAUGAGAUCAGCAACCCUCAUCCUCUUUGAGGUCCUCAGCUGAAAGGUGCAGGACAGGCCGAGCUCCUCGCUGGGUUUCUGCUGCUCACAUGAGGUCUGCACUGCCAGGGGGGUGCCUGGGCAUGGGACAGUCACGUUCAUGGCUCUGUAUCUGGCCAUAGCAGUUCCCAUAGGUGUGCCCAGGAUGAUGCUGCCCAGCCAAACUCCGCCAGCCCUCUGGCUUUGCUGUGUUGGUGCAGCCCAUAUGCGGUGCCCGGUAUCCCUUGCAAAACGGUUGGGGUCAGAGCGACAUCCAGCUGAUGAGCCCCCAAUCCCCUCCCAGCUGUGCUCUGGUCCUUCAUCCAGCACAGCUGCAGUGUGUGUGCCCAUGUGUGUGCUUGGAGCCGGCCUCGGAGCAGCGGCAGGGUGCGUCCCUUCACCCAGGCCGAUCCUUUUUUCCCUUAGGUUAGCUAGAAAACCUCAAAUCUCCCCCCCAUUAAAUUGGUUUUGGAGGUUUUUUCAAUGUUUGCAUGUUCACUCCUUACCCGUUAAGGAUUCUCUGUGCUGGAUGGAUGUCUGCAUUGGUGAGCGUGGGGACAGCUAGGAGAAGAAGAGGCACCAGGAUGGGAUGCGAGAGGCAGAGAAUGUGUUAUGAUCCCAUAGCAUACGAUCCCGUAGCACGAAAGCUUCCUCCAAGUGUUUUUACCUUUUAGGUAGGGCUGUGGGUGACCGCUGGUGCCGUGUCACAGCCCUUCACGUCCCGGGGCCGUUCGGUGACGUCUCUGUGCCGCAUUAUAUGGCCGAGCUGAUGUGUCUUUACUUUUGGGAUAUGAAAACCGAAUGUUCCGCUCCCCCCCCUCCCCCCGAAACGCCGAUCUCUGUGUUGAUCCGUGUGACUUCAGGGUGCUUGUGUGCUCGGGGAGACCUUCUGUUUUGUUUCCUGUUUUGAAUUGGAGGGAAAUAAGGUUCCGUACCGCUGGAUGGGGGUGCCCGGAUGGGGUUGGUGUGUGGUGGAGGUUUGAGGAACGGCCGCCGUGGCCGUGAGCUCACAGCUUGUGCUUUAUUUAAAUGAACUGAUGAUGCCUCGCCAGGCUCAGCCAGAGUCAGUGCCUGAUGCUUUUUGUAGCCGCGAUAUCCCAGAAGAGAACCAGCGACGUCCUGAAAGAUGCGCUCUUAUAGAGCGGCCAUAGUUAUCUGUCCGAAUAUUUGCUUCCAUUUUCAAGAGAUAAAAAAAAAAAGUCAUUGAUUACAAACUUCCUUCUCUUGGUUUCUUCUUUGGCUGUUCCUGUGCCCAGGAAGGCGCGGGGGUGGGGAAUGUCGUCAGCCCGUGCCCAGUUCCCCUUUUGGAGCUGAUCCCGGGCAGGUGCGGGGGCUGCGGGUUUGGGGUGCGGGUUGUGAUGAAUGAUGGCACCGUGGGGUAACCACAGCAAUGGAAACCCAGUGGUGUCAGACGGUGGCUGAGCCACCCCUCCUCUGGGACUCUGCCCAGCCUGGCCCCAAGGGAUGGUGGUUCCCCUGCAAGCAAAGAUGGGGAUGCUCUCUGCAGAUGUUCCCUUGCCGCCUGUGCGUGCCCUGGCCCUGUGAUGCUCUACCCCUCAUGGGUUCCCCAGAAGCUUUGGAGUGGAUGCAACCGAGCACUGCACCCUGUGCUGGGGCAGAGGGCUGCGGCGGGGUUGUUUAUGGAUGCAGGGUGUGAGCUACGGAUGUGCUCUUGCAGCACCCUUCCUGCUGGUGCAGCUCCUGCGCACUGCUGUGCCGGUGCUUGCGGUCAGGGCGGGUUCCUCCCCAUCGUCCCCGUGCUCCGUGAGCCUGAGUGCUGCACUGGAUGGAUGUGAGGAGAAGCGUUUUGGGCAUGGGGGCUCUGUGAAUGCAUAGAGCCAAGCCCCUGCCCUCCUCCUCCUUUCCACACUGGGGUCCCUUUUGUCCUCCCAUGGGGUCACCCCUCAGGGGUCCGUGCCUGCACUGUGCCAUGGGCGCUGCCAGCUUUAGGACCGCCUUUCCCAUCACUUCUGCUUUCAUUUGUGCUUUCAGCACAAGCCCCGGCGUGCAUGCUCGGAGGAGCAGGGCGGUGGAAUACCCACGGAACCACCACCCUGAUAGAGGAGCGGGAGGCCGCUUUCUGAGGUGCACGCAGCCCCCUGGCCUCCGGUGUCAGCGUCACGUCCUCCCCUUGCAGGGCUCCAAAACCGCAGCCACAUUUCCUGCCUGCCUCAGUGGGGAGCUGCAGGCGGAGCGCAGCCCACGACGCCCCUGGGGUUGGGACCAGGGCCCUCAGUCCCGCAGCAUCCCCCGGCACAGGAGAAGAGCUGAUGCUGGACCCCACAGCACCACUGUGACACCUGUUAGCAAUGAGACCGCAUUCCCUGGGCAUGACAUGCUGAUGGGCACAGAGCCGGGCAACACCACCGGGCAGCCCAAACCUUUGGUGGUCACCACAACGGUUCCAUUGAAUGACUCCCCUCAUGCACUGCUGGGCACAGAGCUGGACAACACCUCCAGCCAGGCCUUGGUGCUGACCACGGUCAGUUCCUUGGAUGAGAUGGAUUCCUCUCAGUCCCUCGUGCCCUUGGGCACACAGCCACCACCAGGGUCAGGCAACACCCCCAUACAAACCAAGGCCUCGCUGGUCACCACAGCAGAUCUAUUGGAUGGGACCGACACCACUGAGCCCAUUGCACCGUUGGGCACGGAGCUGCCACCAAAGAUGGGCAACAGCACCAGGCAGGCCAAGGCUUUGGUGGUCACCACAAUGGCUCUUCUGGAUGAGACCGACUCUCCCGAGACGGCGCCCGGCACAGAACUCCAAAGUGGCAGCACCGUUGUGCCCGACCAGCUCAUGGAAUCCACAGGGCAUGGCACGGAUGGGACCGUGACUGAUGGCAUGGACAUCUCCACGGAGCCACGCUCAGCUCUUCUCCCCACCACCACUUAUUCCAAAAAAUCCGGCUCUCACUCUCUGCAGGAGGUGAACACAACACCUUUGUCCAUGAAACCACGGGGGACCACAGCGCCGGACCCCAUGGAUGACCUGUGGGACAACAGCUCUCUGAUGAACAAGUGCCUGCUGGCCAUCCUGCUGCUGGCACUGGUGGCUGCGCUCUUCAUGGUGUGCACGGCAGUGCUGGGCACCUUGCUUUGGCGGAGGGUGAGGACAGCACGUCGGCAGCUCGGCCCCACUGAGAUGGUUUGCAUCUCCUCCCUGCUGCCCGACAGCGAGCGUGCUGCCACCAAUGGUCCCCGGCGGGGCAUCCCCGUGCGUCACAAGCUGCUGGUCGAUGCCAGCUCUGAAGCUGAUGGUGACAACCUGACGCUCAGCAGCUUUCUGCCGGAGCAUUCCUGAAGCAUCGUGGUGAUGGAGCAGCGUGGGGUCCAUCCCUGGUGCCACCAGUGUCCCCCUUGGAACUGUAUGGAAGAGAAUCAUCCACCCCAUUAAAAUGCCUCUGCUACACAGA